AUGAAUUUGAAGAUUAUUUCCUGGAAUGUUAGAGACCUGAAUGAUAGGGAUAAAAGGCUUCGGGUUCGUAAUAUGGUCCGAAGAUGGGGGCCAAAUGUUAUUUGUUUUCAGGAAACUAAAAUGGAGUUGAUAACUAGAGCUGUGAUUCGCAGUUUGUGGAGGGGUCAACACGUUGAUUGGUCUUAUCUAGGCUCUUGUGGAGCCUCUGGAGGGGUGCUACUGAUGUGGGAUACACAGGCUAUGAAUAAAGUGGAGGAAGCUGUGGGGCAAUUUUCGGUUUCUUGUAGAUUUACAAAUGUGUCAGAUCAGUUUGUUUGGGCGUUUACUGGUGUUUAUGGUCCUAACUCUGUGAGAGACAAAAGGUUCUUAUGGGAGGAAUUAGUUGGCUUGAACAGUUGGUGGAAUGUUCCUUGGUGUGUGGGUGGUGAUUUUAAUGUGGUAAGGUUUCCUUCCAAGCGUUCUGGUUCUACCUCCUUUACUGCUGCUAUGCGGGAGUUUUCCAAUUUUAUUUAUGAGCAAGAGCUCAUUGAUAUUCCACUUCAAAGGGGAUCUUUCACUUGGUCUAAUACUCGUGAAGUUGCUUCGAAGGCUAGGCUGGAUAGAUUUUUGUUUUCUGCAGAUUGGGAGGAUAAUUUUCCAUCUGUCUUUCAACAACGCUUGCCUAGGCUAUUAUCUAAUCACUUCCCGAUUGUUCUUGAGGGGGGUGCCUUUCAGAGAGGUAGGAGGCCGUUUAGAUUUGAGAAUAUGUGGCUUAAAGAUGAGGGUUUUCUGGAGAGGGUGCGGUCUUGGUGGGAAUCUUAUAAUGUCCUAGGAGCCCCGAGUUUUGUUUUGGCUAAUAGUUGA